AAAUGAAUUCAGGAACGAAUGAGUUAUGUUCUCGUUUCUAAAAUCCUUGCGGUUCUACGCCAUCCGGAGCCCGGAGCCGGCGGAGCCAGGCUACCCCUCCUCCCUCCCCCCCCCGACAAUUUCCGGAGCCGGCGGAGCGUGGGUCUCAGGCCCCUUCUGGUCAUCCCACGCGAACGCAUAUUGGCUAAGGAGCCCAGCUUAUUGUCGGAGUCUUAUAACUUAAGACACCAUUUGGACAACCAAACUUGUAAAACGGCAGAUGUUGAAUAUGAUGAGCACCAAAGUAUUGGUGAGGAAACUGAGGACGACGGUGAAUCGAAAGUUAGUGAUUCUGAAGAGGACGAUGAUAAGUCAGUAAAGCACAGUUGGUCGGCUCUCGUACGGGAAGCUACAGAUCGUCAUCAGGAAGAGUUCGAGGGUCAAAUGGAAAACUACCUGCAUGAAGGAGAAAGCGAAGAAAGUGCUGCAGUCAAAGCGCAUAACAGUAUGUUACCAGUCUAUAGAAAGGAGCUGA